AUGGCCCAAAUAAUGCAAGGGCAAGCAGCGUGGGGGUUCUCUGGCGUAUGCGUGACCUAUAUUGGAGCAACUUGUUUAUGGGAGGUUCCAUUGAGUUUUGAUAAAUGGAGAAUGGGAAUCGCGGUGGCAGGGAAGAUAACGUUUCCCGGGGAAGGAAGAAGUAAAAGACUGCGUUUAGCGAAUGGAAAAGGGAUCCCACGAAACAGACUCUCACAUGAAUGA